AUGGUUGAGGCUGUAGCAGAACAUAUGGGUUUUACCAAAGAAGCUAUUAAGAAGGCUAAGGAGAAAGAAGAGAUUGAAUCUAAGAAGCCUAAGAAUGAACGGAUUCCUUCUCAGUCAAAGCCUAAGGAGACUAAAUCUUCUUCUACUCCAGUGAAGUCAUCUACAACUCAGAUUUUAUCUAGAAAAGGAGUGUUAAAGAAGAAGCGGAAGCCUAAGAGAACCUAUGUAGUUGUAUCCCUUGUUGCUUUUGAGACUGAGUCUAAUAAGGAAACAAAGAAAGAAAAUAAGAAAGGAGAAUUUGUCAGAGUGAUUAGUAAACCGCAGUCCGGUGGUGCUCAGCUAAGAAAGAAGGCACAAUUUGAACCCUCUUUGACUGACAUGCCUAAAAGAGGAAGAAGGCUAAGAACAAAAUUUGACAAGGACCUUGAAUUCGGUAAGGUGGAAGACACAGUGGAAUUGAAAGGUGAAAAGGCAAAAGAGACACCUAAAGAUGUUACUACACCAAGUGAUGACAUCGAUGCACAGGUUGAAGAUAAGGAUAAGGAUAAAGAAGGAAAGGUUGUAGCAAGAGAAGAGGUGGAUAAGGAUAAGAAGAGAUUAACAAGAAUCCUUGUUGGAGAGACCGAAUCAGUUCAAAAGGAGACUAAGAGUUUGGUGAAAAAGGCUUUAGGUCUCAUCCCCAAUGAAGAAGAGAAAAAAGAUGAAGUAAUUGAGGAUAAUACUCCUAAAAAGCCAAAGUUAGAAGAAUUUCCUAAAGGUGUAAAGAUCACAGACUUUGAACUAGACAACAAGUAUAUGCAAGAUGAUCCUAUUGAUACUGAAUCGAUAGAUAUAAUAGAUGAUGAUAUCGAUGAUGCUAAUAAUGUUGCUAACACUUUUGACAAUACAAAUAUUUUUGAAGUUGAUGUACAGAAGUUUGAACAUCAGCAGGAAUAG